AUUGACGCCACUUGCGCCAAACAAACAUAACCUAUUAAAUAACCUUGUAUUUUUAACAGCGUUUCUUGCACGUGUUUUUCAAUAAUUCGUAAGAAUGGCUGAUACUGUUUCAGCAGAAGAAAAAAUUAAAAAAAAAAAGAAAUCUAAGUCCGAGAAAUCACUUGGUGCUGUUCAAAAGACACAAGAUUUUUCAGUCGAGCCAUCAGAAAAAAUUACGAAGUUAGAUGCAUCCAAAUGGCCUCUUUUAUUGAAGAAUUUCGACCGGCUAAACGUUCGUACAAAUCAUUACACUCCAUUACCAUUCGGAUCAUCCCCAUUAAAAAGAGAGAUUGGAGAAUAUAUUAAAUCUGGUUUUAUUAAUUUAGACAAACCAAGCAACCCCAGUAGUCAUGAGGUAGUUGCAUGGAUUAAACGAAUAUUAAAAGUCGAAAAGACCGGACAUUCAGGCACAUUAGAUCCUAAAACUACAGGUAUAUUAAAUUGAACCUUUCCUCUUUUG